GCACAAUAAAAAUAAAUGUUUAUCUGUCUAGGAAUGAGUUAUUCGGUGGGAGUAAAGGACACUCCUUCGAGGGCAUCGAGCGACGCCAAUGUCGUGGCGAAGAUUCGUGAGGCCGGUGGUAUUCCUCUUCUUGUCAGUAAUACGCCAGAAUUGUGCUUGUGGUGGCAUACAUUCAACAAAGUAACUGGCGUCACCAGGAAUCCUUACGACACUCGGAGGACCUCUGGCGGCUCUUCCGGUGGCGAGGUUACCCUUCUUGGCGCUGGCGCCUCUCUUCUAAGCUUAGCUUCAGAUAUCGCUGGAUCAGCUAGACUUCCGGCAAUGUUUUGCGGAGUUUUCGGUCAUAAACCUACGCCCAACUGGGUUUCAAUAGAAGGCCAUAAGCCUAGCGCAUGUGACAAAAAUUGGUCUUCUUUUUUUACAAUCGGUUUAAUGGUUAGAUACGCCUCGGAUUUGCCUCUUCUGUUGACAGUUAUGUCGCAAACUGACGAAGCGAGAAUUGGCUUUAAUAAAAAGGUCCGUCUGGAGGAUAUGAAAUUCUUUUACAUGGACCAUUGCGGAUCGAGCGCAACUAAUUCUGUGAACAGAGAUAUGAAAGGCGUAAUUUACAAACUAAAAAGAUACUUGGAAACAACAUAUAGUGUCAAAGUGCAAAAAGCAAAUUUGGAAGAUAUGAAGUUAUCUUUUGAAUUAAGCGGAUUUAUUCUUUCGAAAAUCCAAGAUAUAGAUACGAUGUUUAAUCGCUUGGAUGAUCCUAAGAAAUCGAAGAGCGUACUUAUGGAAACAUUAAAGUACCUUUUUUUUAUGUCAUCGCAUACUUUUCCUGCCAUAUGUUAUGGAAUAAUAAGUAAUAUCGCCAAACGAUUACCAGUCUCAGAAUAUAAUAAAUUAUUAGAGACGAGAAUGCGAUUGAAAAAGCAAUUUGAGGAACUGCUGGGCGAUAAUGGUAUAUUAAUCUUUCCAUCUUUCAUCUCGUCGGCGCAUUAUCCUCACGAAAGUCUGUACAAUGUAUGCAAUUAUACUUACAUGAUGAUCUUCAAUGUGCUAGGAUUUCCGGUCACACAAUGCCCACUUAGUUUUGACAAAAACCAACUGCCGCUUGGACUUCAGAUUGCCGCAAAUCCAGGCUGCGAUUAUCUGACGAUUGCUGUGGCGCAAGAAAUCGAAAGGACAUUCGGUGGUUGGCGAGAACCGUCAGAAAGCAAAGGACUUACUUAUACAACGUAGCAUAAAUUUCGACGAAAUAAUAUAGGAUCCUGUUUUCAAUCAAAGUUCAGUGAUCUAGCGUAAUUUGCAGUAGAUAAAAAUCUGAUACAUAUAUUGAAAUAUAAUAUAUUGAAAUUUUCGGAAGAAGAAAUUACUGAAUUUAAAAUCAUUAUUCGGAUAAUACAUAUAAUAUAUUAUAAUAUAAAGAUUACAGCACAUUAAUUGCAACGAUUAAUGAUUUUGUGUUUUUGAUACUCUCUUCUGUGAUUUUAAUUCGCGAUUAAAUCUGCAUCAGGCGUCCCGAUGUCACAAUAUGACUGCGCACUUCUUCUUCUCUUAGAGUGGAGAUCUAAUUUCUAGGAUUGUUAGCACCAAAUGGUAAAGGGUAAAAACUUAUGAUGCUGUACGCUACAGUUAUAAUUAUAUUACUUUACGAUGUAUAAGGUAAGAAUCACACUUGCCUUAUUCACCUUGUUUUUGAAAUCAAAAACAUAAUGUCAAAACAUCUGAUAUUAAUCACGAAACCUUUAUUAAAUGCGCGAUGCAACAGAAUGUUCGCAACUGACUUAACUCGAAGAAUCUAUUGC